UUAUGCUCUAAUCACACACGGCACGGCAUUUUUGGGUAACUACUUAAAACGUUUUGAUUUUUGUGUUGAAUAGGUAUCAAAUAAAUACUAUAGAAUAAGGCGAUGGUCGUAUGAUUUUGUUAGGAAUACAUAAUAUUAUGAUUUUAUAGCGUUUAUAUUAGUGUAAGAGUUUUUGCGCGAUUGGUAAUUUAUGGGAAAGCUACUAUUUUUCGUGUAUGCGAUUGGCGUCAUAAUAAGAAUCUACUUGGGCUUGAAUGAUUUAAGCGCUGCAAUUGCGGAUAGAGUCGAAGUCUCCACGCCGUUGAACUCUUGGAAAAGAGUAAUAGAAGGAGUGUCUUUGUACAAUCAGAAUAUCAACCCAUAUGAUGGGGACUUGUUCCACGAAACGCCGUUGGUUCUUAUAUUUUUCAGUUACUUGACGUCGACCCUUUCGGAACUUCACAUUUACCUAGUGUUUAUCGUCUGUGAUGUUAUUACUGCAAUCAUACUGUAUUACACAUCGAAGAUUUACACUGAAAAUCUACUUAAAGAGCAAUUGCGAAUCAAAGACGUACACAUUAAACAAUCGACUGAACUUUUGAUACCAAUUCAUUUUGCUGUUGUAAAUCCAGUUUACGUGUGUUCUGUUUAUUUACUUAAUCCGUACACGGUGUUGAACUGUGUGGCAAAGACGACUACCGUUUUCAAUAAUCUAUUUUUAGCAAUUUGUUUAUUUGCUAUGGUAAAACGCCAGACGAUUUUGGGCAGUUUUAGUUUAGCAUUGGCGUCGUUGUCAACGUUUUACACUUUCGGUCUGGUAGCGCCUCUGAUGAUAAGCUGUGCGCCGACUGAAAGUAAAAAAAAGACUGGUUCUUUUGUUGUCACGUUCCUAUUAUGUACACUAAUUACCUGCUCCUUGUUAUGUGCGUGUUCCGUCGUAAUGGGUGAAUGGAUGUUCCUAGAUACAGUAUAUGGUUUCAUAUUGAAUAUCAGAGACUUAAAGCCAAACAUCGGAUUGUUUUGGUAUUUUUUUACCGAAAUGUUUGAACAUUUCCGCGCGCUGUUUGUGUGUGCGUUUCAACUGAACGCGUCAGUUUUGUACGUAAUCCCCCUAAGCAUUCGUCUCCGUCGUGAUCCGCUUUUGUUGGCUACUAGCCUAUUGGCGUUGACGGCAGUAUUCAAAUCGUAUCCGAGUAUUGGGGACGUCGGAUUUUACUUAAGUCUGCUACCGAUGCACAGGCAUAAUUUUUAUUUUAUGCAACAGGCAUUUAUCGUAGCGUGUUUUUUUGUCGGCUGUACCGUAUUUGCGCCUACCGUUUGGCAUCUCUGGAUCUAUUCGAGAUCGGCAAACGCAAAUUUCUACUUCGGAGUAACACUAGCGUUCGCCACGACACAAAUAUUUUUAAUUACCGAUUUACUGUUUGCAUACAUCAAACGAGAGUUUGCUAUGAAACACGGUAUGAAACGCAAAAUUAACGGCAAAGAAGCAAGACUAAUGCUCGAUUAAUUAUCAAACGGUCCUGUGGAGUUCUGUCAAGUUUAUUUGGACCUUUUACCGAUAUUCGUAUAAUAAUUAUAAUAAUAAGUAACAUUUGUGUUAUUUUUAUUUUUUCAACAAAAAAAAAUUAAACUGUAGAAAACACGA